AUGGCUCCAGCUGCUGUAAAACCGAGCCCGGAGUCAAGGAGCCACGUCCGGAACACCAAUGGCUGGAAUGCUCAAGAGCUGAGUAAUAACGGGAAUGCUUCUCGACUGUUCCGCUCGCCCACCAACCUGUAUUCUGCCGCCGAAGGGGAUGUUCACGACUUGAUCGGUGUAGGAUUUGGACCAGCUUCCCUCUCCAUUGCCAUCGCCCUCAGCGAUGCAUUGCAGGCGCAACAAGAGGCUGGUUUGGGGGCUGCUAGUCCGAAAGUCCGUUUCCUCGAGCGACAGAAGACAUUUAAAUGGCACGCUGGGAUGUUGCUCCCUGGUGCAAGGAUGCAGAUAUCCUUCAUCAAAGACCUUGCAACGCUUCGAGACCCUUGCAGCUAUUUCACAUUCCUGAAUUAUCUGAAAGAGCACGACAGGCUCAUCCAGUUUACCAAUCUGAGCACGUUCUUGCCGUCUCGGCUCGAGUUCGAUGACUAUCUCCGUUGGGCGGCACGCCAUUUUGACAAUGUCGUAACAUACGGCCAGCAGGUGGAGUCGAUACACCCCCGGAAACUGGGUGGCUCGCCGAAGUAUGACUCCUUUGAGGUGGUCUCGCGCGACCUAUCGACUGGAGAGACAAAGACCUUCUUGUCUCGAAAUGUCGUCAUUGCAGCGGGUGGCAGACCGGCUCGACCAGCGAUAUUUCCCCCCUACCAUGAACGAGUCUUACAUUCGUCAGAAUAUCAACUCAGAAUUGACCAAGUUCUGCCGGACAAAGACAAAGCAUAUAGCAUCGCCAUUGUGGGAGCCGGCCAAAGCGGUGCUGAGGUGUUCAACGACCUCCAUAGCCGGUAUCCCAAUGCCACAACAAGAUUGAUAUUCCGGGAUACAGCCUUGCGGCCGAGUGACGAUUCGCCAUUCGUCAACGAGGUGUUCGACCCGGAAGCUGUGGAUACCUUCUUCGCCCAACCAGAGGACUUCCGUCACCAUAGCUUGAAAAGAAACAAGGCAACCAAUUACAGUGUGGUCAGACUGGAGCUCAUCGAGAAGAUAUAUGAGGACUUGUAUCUUCAAGGGCUCAAGCAGCCAGACAAGACUCGCUGGCAGCAUCAAAUCUUGCCAAGCAGAGAGAUCACCGCGGUGGCUGAAGAUCCAGUGAGUCACCGCAUGAACCUGACUCUGACCAGAUUAGAGCCUUUGAGCAACAAAUCUCAGGAAACGAUGGCCUUUGAUGCGGUUGUUCUGGCCACAGGAUACCGACGAGACGCCCACAUCGACAUGCUCAGAGAUUGUCAGAGCAUCAACGCCAAUAAAAAUGGAGUAUGGCAACCCGGCCGCAACUACGGGCUGAAGCUGAGUCCUGAAGCCGUUGAGGAAGGCGUGGGCAUCUGGCUGCAGGGCUGCAAUGAAAGCACCCAUGGACUCUCAGACUCAUUGCUGUCAAUCCUGUCAACUCGCAGUGGAGAGGUGGUAGAUUCUAUCUUUGGGCGAGACCUGCGACUUGGUGUUCAUUGA